AUGAUGGGGAGCCCGGGAAGGAUAACGGGCGUCACCGUCCUGCUGGCGAUCGUGCUGUGCAGUUUCAUCGGUAACGCAUCCGGUUUCCUGUCGUGCUCGCCGUCACCCUGCAAACAUGGCGGCACGUGCGUUAGCCGCCCGAAUGGUGCAUCCUACUGCAACUGCACGUCACGCUACACCGGAGAUUUCUGCGACUUCCCGAACCCGUGCCACACCGGGGCCGGUCCACGCUGCCAGAACGGUGGCAUCUGCGAGACGACCUUCCGGGACGGUAUACCAACGUUCGCCUGCCGGUGCCCGAUCGGUUACACCGCGAGCCUCUGCGAGAUACCGGUGAAGAAUGCGUGCGAUUCGUCACCGUGCAACAACGGUGGCAACUGCAAGCUAAAGACGCUGGACGACUACACCUGCCUGUGCGCGACUGGCUAUUCCGGCAAACACUGUGAUAAGCAGAAUCUGUGCGCCUCGUCACCGUGCCGGAACGGGGGCACCUGUACGCUGUCGCCGAACGGCCACGUCAAGUGCAUCUGUCCGAAGGGUUUCCGCGGCAUGUACUGUGCGGACGACAUCGACGAGUGUCUGAAGAAUCCGUGCGAAAAUAACGGCAAGUGCGUUAACACGCACGGUUCAUAUCAGUGCAUGUGCGAACCAGGCUACACGGGCAAGAACUGCGAGUCGGGCUACAUUCCCUGUUCGCCCUCACCCUGCCAGAACGGUGGCACCUGCAAGCAGUCGACCAAGUACUCCUACGAAUGCAAAUGUCCUCCGGGCUUUCAAGGGAAGAACUGCGAGGAGAACACGGACGACUGUCCGGGGAAUCUGUGCCAGAACGGGGGCACCUGCGUGGACGGCAUCAACGCCUACCACUGCAGCUGCCCGUCCAGCUUUACCGGCGAGUUCUGCGAGAACGAUGUCGACGAGUGUGCGCUGCGGCCAUCGAUCUGCCAGAACGGUGCGACCUGCACGAACACGCACGGCAGCUACAACUGCAUCUGCGUGAACGGUUGGAACGGUCCGGACUGCAGCAACAACAUCGACGACUGCGUGGAUGCGGCCUGCUUCAACGGUGCGACCUGUAUUGACGGUGUCGGCAGCUUCUACUGCCGGUGCACACCGGGCAAAACCGGGCUGCUGUGCCAUCUGGACGACGCCUGCACGUCAAACCCGUGCCAUGCGGAUGCGAUCUGUGACACCAGCCCGAUCAAUGGGUCGUUCGCGUGCUCGUGUGCGGUCGGCUACAAGGGUAUCGACUGUUCGGAGGAUAUAGACGAGUGCGAUCAGGGAUCACCCUGUGAGCAUAAUGGUAUCUGCGUCAACACGCCCGGUUCGUUCGCCUGCAACUGCUCGCAAGGAUUCACCGGACCGCGGUGCGAAACGAACGUCAACGAAUGUGAGUCACACCCGUGCCAGAACCAGGGCAGCUGUCUGGACGAUCCUGGGACCUUCCGUUGCGUGUGCAUGCCAGGUUAUACCGGCACGCAGUGCGAGAUCGAUAUUGACGAGUGUGCGACGAACCCGUGCCUGAAUGGUGGCAUCUGCCGCGAUAUGGUCAACUCGUUCAAAUGUACGUGCGCGAUCGGUUUCUCGGGGCUCCGGUGCCAGAUCAACAUCGACGACUGUAUGUCGCAACCGUGCCGGAACGGUGGCAUCUGUCAUGAUUCGAUUGCCGGCUAUACGUGCGAAUGUCAGCCAGGCUAUACCGGGCUAUCGUGCGAGACGAACAUCAACGACUGCCAGUCGAACCCGUGCCAUCGCGGGAUUUGCAUUGACGGUGACAACUCCUUCACCUGUCUGUGCAAUCCGGGGUACACCGGCUAUCUCUGCCAGAUACAGAUCAACGAGUGCGAAUCGAACCCGUGCCUGUUCGGCGGACACUGUGAGGAUCUGGUCGGUGGGUAUAUGUGCCGCUGCCAGCCAGGCACGUCUGGACCGAACUGCGAGGUGAACGUGAACGAAUGUCACAGCAACCCGUGCCGGAACGGGGCGAAAUGUAUCGACGGCAUUAACCGCUACACGUGCCAGUGUGUGCCGGGCUACACCGGGUUCCAUUGCGAGACGAACAUCAACGAGUGUGCGUCGGAUCCGUGCGCUAAUGGGGGCGUCUGUAUGGAUCUGGUGAACGGGUUCCGGUGCGAAUGUCCGCGCGGGUACUUCGAUGCACGGUGUCUGAGCGAUGUGGACGAGUGUGCGUCGAACCCGUGCAUCAACGGUGGCCGGUGUGAGGAUGGCGUGAACCAGUUCAUCUGCCAUUGUCCGCCUGGGUACGGUGGACGGCGUUGCGAGAUCGAUAUCGACGAAUGUGGAUCCAAUCCGUGCCAGCAUGGUGGCAUCUGUCGGGAUGGGCUGAACGCGUACACGUGCCAGUGCAUGCCGGGCUAUACCGGGCGCAACUGUGAGAUUAACAUCGACGACUGCAUCAACAACCCGUGCCGGAACGGUGGUUCCUGCAUCGAUCUGGUAAACGGGUACAAGUGUGUCUGCCGUGGUCCGUUCACCGGGCGCGACUGUGAAUCGAAGAUGGACCCAUGCCUACCGAACCGCUGCCGGAAUGGUGCGAAAUGUUCGCCCAGCCCGAACUAUCUGGAUUUCGCUUGCUCCUGUUCGCUCGGCUACACCGGCCGGUUGUGCGACGAGGACAUCAACGAGUGUGCACUGUCGUCGCCUUGUCGGCAUGGCGCGACCUGCCGGAACACGAACGGUUCCUACCACUGUAUCUGCGCGAAGGGUUACGAGGGCCGGGACUGCACGAUCAACACGGACGACUGUGCGUCGUUCCCGUGCCAGAACGGUGGCACCUGUUUGGAUGGGAUCGGCGACUACACCUGCCUGUGCGUGGACGGGUUCGAGGGCAAACACUGCGAGGUGGACAUCAACGAGUGUCUGUCGAUGCCGUGCCAGAACGGAGCGACCUGCAACCAGUACGUCAACUCGUACACCUGCACCUGUCCGCUUGGGUUUAGCGGUAUGAACUGCCAGACGAACGAUGAGGACUGUACGGAAAGUUCGUGCAUGAACGGUGGGACGUGUAUCGACGGCAUCAACAGCUACAACUGCUCCUGCGAAACAGGAUACACCGGCUCGAACUGUCAGUAUCGCAUCAACAAGUGUGACUCGCAACCGUGCCGCAAUGGUGCGACGUGCCACGACUACGAGAACGACUACACGUGCCACUGUUCGUACGGGUACACGGGCAAGCAGUGCAUGGACUACGUCGACUGGUGUACGCAGAACCCGUGCGAAAAUGGCGCAACCUGUACGCAGCAGGACAACACGUACCAUUGUGCGUGUGCGGCCGGUUGGACCGGGAAGUUGUGCGAUGUGGAGAUGGUAUCGUGCAAGGAUGCGGCCGCGAGAAAGGGCGUGGACGCGAAACAUCUCUGCCACAACGGAACGUGCGAGGACUUUGGCAAUUCGCACCGGUGUCGGUGUGCGCGCGGUUACACGGGUUCGUACUGCCACCAUGAGAUAAACGAGUGUGAAUCACAACCGUGCCGGAAUGGUGGUACGUGCAAGAACCUGAUCGGGUCGUACCGGUGCCAAUGUCGGGCAGGAUUUCAGGGACAGAACUGCGAGCUGAACAUCGACGAAUGUAAGCCGAAUCCGUGCCGCAACGGUGGCAUCUGUCACGAUCUGGUCAAUGGGUAUAAGUGUUCGUGUCCGCCCGGCACGAUUGGGGUGCUGUGCGAGAUCAACACGGACGACUGUACGCCCGGUGCGUGUCACAACAAUGGCAGCUGCGUGGAUAAGGUCGGUGGGUUCGAGUGUCGCUGCCCGCCGGGCUUUGUCGGAGCGCGGUGCGAGGGUGACAUUAACGAGUGUUUGUCUAACCCGUGCUCCAAUCCGGGUACGCUCGAUUGCGUGCAGCUGGUGAACGAUUAUCACUGCAACUGCAAACCGGGCCAUAUGGGUCGGCACUGUGAGGUGAAGGUGGACUUCUGCGCGAACAGCCCCUGCCUGAACGGUGGUCAGUGUUCGACGCGCCAGUCUGGACAUCAUUGCGUGUGCGCGGAUGGGUACUACGGCAAGAACUGCGAAUUUAGCGGCCACGACUGCGACUCGAACCCGUGCGUGAACGGACUCUGCCAGAUUGCGGAUGAUGGUGGGUAUCGGUGCGAUUGCCCGCUCGGCACUAGCGGCGUUAACUGCGAGGUGGACAUACUGGACGAAUGUACCUCGGGACCGUGCGAGAAGGGUGCACCGUGCCAGAACAAGCUGGGUGACUUCGAGUGCCUUUGCCCGCCGAAAUGGAGCGGCAAGACGUGCAACACGUAUGAUCCGCAUUAUCACGGUUGGUACGAUACGACGCAGCAGCAGCAGCAGAGACCGCACAAGCAUGGAGGUGCCGCGCUGCCGAACAUCUACGCGAUUGAUCUGGAGUACCAGCGGGCACAGUGCGUGAAGAAGGGUUGCCGGGAGAAGCAGGGCAACCAUCGGUGCGACGAGGAGUGCAAUACGUACGCGUGCGAUUUCGACGGCAAUGACUGUUCGCUCGGCAUCAACCCGUGGCUGAACUGUACCGCAAGCAUCAACUGCUGGGAGGUGUUCAUGGAUGGGUUCUGCAACGAGGAGUGCAACAAUGCGGCCUGCCUGUUCGAUGGGCGUGACUGCGAGAAGAAGCUGCAGCCGUGCAAUCCGAUCUACGACGCGUACUGUCAGAAGCAUUACGCGAACGGGUUCUGCGACUACGGUUGCAACAAUGCGGAAUGUAACUGGGACGGGUUGGAUUGUGAGAAUGAGAAGGAACCGGCCCAGCUGGCCGAGGGUGCGAUCUCGAUCAUACUGCUGAUGGAUGCCGCAACGUUCCGGGCAAAUGCGAUACAGUUCCUGCGGGAUUUGGGACAUCAGCUGCGGACGACGGUACGGAUCAAGAAGAAUGCGGCGGGCAUGGAGAUGAUCUACCCGUGGAAGGGUGGAACCGCACUGCAGGGCCUAACCGAUAGCGAGUUCGGACGGAAGCAUCACGUAGUGUACACGGAGACGCGCCAGAUCGGCAUCCAGGUGUAUCUGGAGCUGGACAACAGAAAGUGCAUCGGCAUGAGCGGUGCGGAAUGUUUCGGUACGGCGAACGAGGCGGCAGAGUUCCUCGCUGCGACCGCUUCCAAACAUUCACUCUCGAAACAGUUCCCGAUCUAUCAGGUGAAGGGUGUUAAUCCGGAUGAUGAUGGGUUGCCCGGCGCGACGAACGUGAGCUACGUGCUGGUUGGGUUCUUCGGCCUGUUGACGAUUGCGUUCUUAAUCGUGCUGGUGGUUAACAGGAAGCGUGCGCACGGUAUCACCUGGUUCCCGGAGGGUUUCUUUACCGCGAAUACGAACGUGAGGCGUCCGUCGCGUAGACGUCCGGACGGGCAGGAGAUGCGUAACCUCAACAAAAACCCGUCCAUGGUGGAUAUGGUGGUGGCGAAUGGGGUCGGUGGUCAUGGCAGUGGUGGUGCUGGAGGUCACGGAAUGAUGGGACACGGGCAGCAAUGGUGCAACAGUGACGAUGAGUCGGAGAUGCCGACGGCACGCAAGCGUAUGCGUGCGAUCGAUCAGGGCUAUUCGAGCGAUCACACGGCAAUUACCGAUUACGAGGAGACGGAACCACGCGUCUGGGCGCAGCAACACUUCGAGGCGGCCGAUAUACGCGACCACCCGGCAAUGAUGACACCACCCACGCACCACGACGGAGAUGUGCGGGAUGUGGAUGUGCGCGGCCCGUGCGGUAUGACCCCGCUCAUGGUGGCUGCGGUGCGCGGUGGAGGACUAGACUCAGGCGAAGACAUCGACUCGACGGACGAUUCAGCGGCCCAGAUCAUCUCGGAGCUCGUCGCGCAAGGUGCAGAGCUGAACGCAACGAUGGACAAGACGGGUGAAACGUCACUACAUCUGGCGGCACGUUAUGCGCGAGCAGACGCAGCGAAACGGCUGCUAGAUGCGGGUGCCGAGGCAAACAGUCAGGAUAAUACGGGCCGGACACCGUUGCACGCGGCAGUUGCAGCAGAUGCGAUGGGUGUGUUCCAGAUAUUGCUGCGCAACAGGGCGACGAAUCUGAACGCACGGAUGCACGACGGUACGACGCCGUUGAUACUGGCGGCCCGGCUCGCCAUCGAGGGCAUGGUGGAGGACCUGAUCCAGGCCGAUGCGGAUAUUAAUGCGGCCGAUAACAGCGGCAAAACGGCACUGCACUGGGCGUCGGCUGUGAACAACGUGGAUGCGGUGAACAUCCUCCUGUCGCACGGGGCCAACCGGGACGCGCAGGACGAUAAGGACGAGACGCCACUGUUCCUAGCGGCACGGGAAGGUUCGUUCGAGGCGUGCCGGGCACUGCUGGAUAACUUCGCCAACCGGGACAUCACCGACCACAUGGAUCGGCUACCGCGGGACGUUGCGAGCGAGCGGCUCCAUCACGAUAUCGUUCGCCUGCUGGACGAGCAUGUGCCACGGUCGCCCCAGAUGGUCACCACGAUACCGUCCGGUAGUGGGGGCAGUACGGCCGGUGGAGGAAGCGGUAACACCAUCAUGUCACCGACCCACGCCCACAUGAUCACGCACCCGACGAUUAUUGCGUCGGCGAAGCAGAGCAAGCAGAAGAAGCAGCGCCAGCAGAAGAUGAAUGGUGGAGGAGUGGCGGGAUCGUCGGCGGCGGCAGCAGCAGCUGCUGCAGCACAGGCCGCGGCAGUGGUGGCCGCCAACAUGGGCGGUAGUGUCGGUGCGUUGACGCUCAGUCAAAACCCGACCAGCCCGCAGGACGGUGGUGCCGAUCUGGUGGCGGGCAGCAUGCGACGAAAGGCGGUGGCGAAGAAGUCCGGCAACGGGGCGGCGGGCAAGAAGUCGAACAACACCGGUGGCGGUGGGGCAGGUUCGGGCGGUGGUACACCCGGGCACGGUGGACUGACCGAUCUGGGACUCGCAGACGAUCAGCUCAGUUCGGUGGAGUCGCCGAUCGCGAACCUCAACAGCCCGUACGACUCGGUUAGUCUCUACUCGAACGCGAUGACCGUGCACCAGCUGGACACGAUCAGCCCGAACAGUGGAAGUUCCGGAGGCGGCAAUGGCAUGAUGCCAAAGAAACCUCCCAGCUAUGAAGACUGCAUAAAGAGCGCACAGUCGAUGCAAUCGCUGCACAACAUCCAGCUCGAUAACUAUGGCUACUCGCUCGGCGGCAAUGUCAAUGGCGGUGGAAAUCAGUUCUCCGAUCUGCUCAUGAGUCAGCAGCGUACGUUGAACAGUGGUGGUGGUGGAGGUGGAGGCGGAGGCGGCAUCGGGUCCCUGUCGUCGAACGGUAUGGGUCCGGCAGGGAACAACCUGAUGCACACGGCCAUGCACACGAUGGGUGAGAGUGGACUCAGUCCGCCCUACUCCAACCAGUCACCUCCACAUUCGGUCCAGAGCAAUAUGGCGCUCUCACCUCAAGGUUAUAUAGUGUCUCCCGAUCACAACGCCUUUGCAGGUUCUCCCUCGCCCGCCAAAACACGCCCCAGCCUGCCGACCUCACCGACCCAUAUCCAGGCGAUGAGGCAUGCGCAGCAACAGAAGCACAACAUACAGAUGAUCUCCAGCGGCAACCUGCAACAGCAGCAGCAGCAGGGUGGGAACAGCUUAGGCUGCAAUGGUGGUGGCCAACAGCAGCAACAGCAGCUCGGCGGUGGGUUGAGUAGUAGCAAUGGGGGCAACGGUGCCAACAACAAUCCCACAUCCAACAGUGCAAUGCUGGCCGGUCUGCAGAUGAACUUCGUGAACGGUUCCAGCGGGCUCGAACUGGCCGGAUUCUGCAGUCCAACUGGUCAAGGAUCUCAAGCAUCGACCUCACAGAACACGACCGGUACGACCAGCACCGCGAUGACGGUAGCAUCGGCUCAUCUGUCACCACUGAGUCAGCAACAGCAGCAGCAGGUGCUGGCUAUGGUUGCACAGCAGCAGGCACAACUGAACAGCCAGCAGCAGCAACAACAGCAGCAGGCUCACCAUCAACUCCAGCAACAACAGCUGCAGCAACAACAGCAACAGCAACAACAGCAGCAACAGCAACCACAGCAGCAGCAGCAGCAACAAUCGUCCUUCUACCAAUAUCUGACACCACCGAGCCAGCACAGUGGCGGCGUGACGCCCCAGCAUCUUGUGCAGACGCUCGACAGCUACCCGACGCCAUCGCCGGAAUCGCCCGGUCACUGGUCAAGUUCCUCGCCGCACUCGACGUCCGACUGGUCCGAGGGCGUGCAGUCGCCGGCCAACAACGUGUACGUGACGAGUGCGGCCGGCCACCAGGCGAACAAGGGUUCGGAGGCGAUCUACAUCUAA